GUAAAAUAAGCAAAAUUAGCUUCUAAUGCCGUCAACGCCGACAACGGGGACGGAUUUCAUGUACGAGACAGCUAAAGGAAAGCCGUUUAUUUUACAUAUAAACGUGCUUUUUAGGAUUACCUUAAUACAAAUUUUACGUUGCGAAAAGGUGACUUAGGCCCCAUACGAACUGGCAGUGUUUUUCCUGCCGAUAUGGGGUUUAAAUUCAUCGCAACCACAACGUUCCAAUUGAUCGCGUUCCACAAAAUCUCACUCGCAAGAUGAUUUAAAUGGCCAUUAAUUUACAGGAAUUAAACACUAAAUUCCUUCCAUUUGGCCUAUAAAUUCAUGACAAUGAGAUUAAAAAAUCAUGUUAUAUUGUGAAUUCUUGUGUGAAUGUUAUUUGGACACUUAGGCUAUUUAAAAAUGUUAAUCUUUUCUUAAGAAAUGGAUAGAUGUUUGGAUCUAGUAAUUGAAUUUUGUAAUUAGCUACAAUUGGGUAACUAACUAAUUAUAUGCUUUAAUUUCAGGUCAUCCAAGUAAGAUUGUUUCAUAUUUGUUUGAGAAUGCUGCAAUCUAUAAUAACUGAAAAUUUCUUUUGACUGUCCUCGAUCACAGCUUUUGUGUUAAGUCAAUGGAAAAGCAAUAGGGAACAAGAUGCUCAUUUCCGAGUAUGAAAAUGGCCAUAGCUAUUUUAAUACUGAAGAUAUGAAAGUGAAUUAGGUGUCAAAUUAAACUUCUUUUUGUGCUUUAUCUGAUGGAAUAAAUUAGACUUGAUUUUUUCAAUCUCAAAAUUUUGUAACAUUGCUGUUAAGUCAAUGGAAAAGCAAUAGGGAACAAGAUGCUAAUUCCCGAGUAUGAGAUGACCAUAACUUUUUAAUACUGAUGAUAUAAAAGUGAAUUAGGUAUCAAAUUAAAGGCAUUUUUAUGCUUUGUCUGAUGGGAUAAAUUACAGGCUUGAUUUUUUAAAUCUCAAAAUGUUGUAACAUUCCUACUUAUGGUUUUCAUACACCUCUACCGCCCUCCAAAAGAUUCCAGCGCUCCAUGAAUGCAUUGAAAGCUGAAAAAAACACAUCUUAAUACGUAAUUUCUGAUGGAUUUUCGGAACAGCCGACAAGGACGAGUCCGUGGACCGGAGAGGGUCCAGACGAAUGAAGCACCGCUUGCGUUGUCCUUCGAAGUCGGAGAGCGCCGCUCACCUCCGCGCGCAAGCCUCGCCCGCCGCCGCCGCCGCCGCGCACGCGCAGUGAGCCUGGGGGGGAGCGCAACACUCCGCCUGCAGCUCAGUGACAGUUGGGAUUAUUUCUUCUCUCUCUCUCUCUCUCACACCGCGUCUCCUCUGUUAAAAAAAAACCCAAAACUAGUUGAUGCUGAAGUGCCGACCGAAACAGGCGAUCGACCUGAGCGGAGGUGACGAGGCUGGCCCCGAUGUUGCUUGAAUCCACACCCCCUGCUCACCUCCACGCCGAGGCCUAGGCGGCGGCGGCGGCUCCUGCUCGGUGGCGGCGGCGGAAGCGCGGCUCGCUGGCUGCGGCUGCGGCUGCCCAGCGAAGGUGGCGGUUAUAUUUUGAACUCGCCUGACGUUCCCCCUCUCACACAGCCAGUUACAAGGGGCGGGGGGGAGGGGGAGAACGGAACGGAACUGGAACUGGCGCGGCUAGAACUGUGGCCCCGGAGCCCGCGGGCGACCUGGCACCGCCGACCUACCCCGGGCAUCACCUCCCUGCCCCCGCUAUUUAUUUUGGACGGGCAUUUGGAAUUUAGAGAGAAAGAAAUGAAGACUAGGGAUCUUGUGAAAGUUAAUGGCGAUAUCUUGAGGAAGUCCGUAUUACAGUCGAGAAGGUGCUGAAUAUCCUAAGACUUAUGAAGCUGUUUGAAAUGUGCUUAUAACAGCAACCAUGAAGCAUCAGAUAGAGAAAAAUUGUUGGUAAUAUCCAUGAUGUCGUCAAAAAUAACUAAACCAAGAUAAUCAUGGUGCUGUCCUAAUGUUUUGGAACUUUCUAAAAUAAAAAGAUGACCGAAGUGCAAGCCACAGUGGAAUUCUCGGUGGAAUUACACAAGUUUUAUAACGUGGACCUUUUCCAGAGGGGCUCAGCAAGACUAUCCCAAUACAUAAACACAAUCACCGCGGUCAGUACAGUAUGCACAGAACAGCUCACUGAGUCCAAAUGCAAGAGACGCCAUUUUACAGUCCCAGUUGCAGCUGGCCACAAAACCCGUUGCAGACGCCGCCUCCAUUUCGGUCAACCCGUGAUUCGAUAUCCCUCUCCACGCUUGGCCCUAUUCAGCCUUUGUUCCCCCGAGGGGUGCUUCCCGGCAGCCAACCUCAAGGAAGCAGAAGGUUUUACCAGAUCCGUGCAAUAAUGAAGCUGCCUCCCAGAGUUCCUCACAAAUUGGAGGCAAGUCUACUAAAUCCAGCAGCUUCUGAACUUGCCUUUCCUGCCACGGUCCAAGAUUGUACAGCCUGCAGUAAAACCUUUCAGAUUCUUUAUAAAAAUGAAGAGAUUGUUGUUAAUGAUGUGUUACUCCUCAAAAUUAAAAUGUUGCUUGAUAGCAAAAAGAUUGAAGAAUCGCUGAAUGAAAUGGAUUUCCAAUUGUCUUUAGAUCUCAAUUUUACCGACAAAGAUUUUACAUUUGAUGACCUAAAUUCCCUACAACUAAUUAGUAGUCGAACAUUGAAGCUCCACUUCAAUUUACAUCGAGGACUUCAUCACCAUGUCAAUGUUAUGUUUGAUUAUUUCCACCUCUCUGUUGUAUCGAUUACUAUACAUGCCUCCUUGGUUGCACUUCACCAGCCUCUAAUAAGCUUUCCUCGUCCAUUGAAGAAUACUUGGUUAAACAGGAAUGCCCCAGCGCAAAGCAAAGAUUAUGCUAUUCCAUCCCUUGAGACUGUGGUUUUUGGCAGUAACUAUACAAAACAACUGUUGCCCGAUGGAAGCAACUUUAUGGUACCUGAACCCUGCAUGCAACACGCCUACAAUUUCCAUUAUAAUCUCUGUUCAAGCUUACUACUGGCUUAUAAGGGCCUUUUCAACUACUUUGUUAUGGUCACAAAAGAAUUGCCUUCAUCUCGCAGGAUGGAACUAGCCAUGACCAACAUGCAGGUCCUUUAUGAACGACUUCUCAGAAGAAAAUAUCCAAGAGCACAGAUGGACGCCUUAAUAGAGGAGAUUGAUGUUGAUGCUAGACUUGCAGAUCUUUGUAACCAGAUAAAGCAGAAAUUUGAAAAUCCUGAUGAGCUACCAGAGUGGGUGAACAUGGAUCUGGCACAACUUUGUUCUUUAUUGAUGGCUCUUUGGGCACAGUUCUUAGAGAUUGUGUCACUGCAAGGAGAAAUUUCAAUUUUAUUAGCAAAGGAACAUCAUGCACUUCGAGUAAGAAGAUUUUCUGAAGCUUUUUUCUGCAUCGAACAUCCAAGGCAAGCAGCCCUAGCAUAUCAGGAAUUGCAUGCACAAAGCCAUGGACAGAUGGCUGCAGCUGUGAAGAAUUCGACCUAUUUUAAUUCCCUUCCAUCUCUUCCCGUGGAAUGCGCAGAACUAGAUGGUGACUUCAACUCACUGCCCAUUAUCUUUGAGGACCGAUAUUUGGAUUCAUUCCCUGAAGACUUGGAUGUUCCCUGGAGUGGAGUUCAGAAUCUAAGAAGAUCAUCUUUUUCUGUCAAAUUGGAAAAAUCUGACUCAAAAGAUCAUAACCCUUCAGGUUUUUCUAGUCCUGAUUUUAAAGCACGACCAGCAAGCAUCUACCAUAUUAAACAUACUGAAAGUGAGAAGCCGCUGACAAAACUGCAAAAGAUUAAAGCUGAUGAGCACAGCAAAUCAAAAGUAAAAGUGGCAAAGCUUAAGAAGACAAUUAAGUCUGAGAACAGCAAAAAAUUGGUGAAACAAAACUCCAAGGAUUCAGUGAUAUUGGUUGGCUAUAAAUCCUUUAAAAAUUCAAACUUGGGAGAGAGCAGUAAAUCUGAAGGUGGGCUUUCAAUAUGUCCAAAAGGUGGGCAGGUACCCACCAGCAAAGGAGCUGAUGAUAGGACAAAACUAAAUAGUGAGCUUUUAUGUCAACAUAAAGAACUGAUACCUCUUCUGUCGAGUAUGGAAAAAAAUGCAGAGACUAUGAAAACUAAAAAUUGCAAUGAAUUUGGUUGCAACAUUAAUGAUCACAAAAUGGAAUCUUGUACAUUUGCAUCAUCAGCUGUAUUUCAGGCAGGUCCCGAGUCUUCAACCUUCAUGUGUGCAAGAUCUACUAAAACUUCAGUUGAUUGUUUAAAUAAGCAGCAAAUAGCACCAGCAUCAGGAGUCAAAUGUAUUCAAGUCAAACCACGGACUAAAUGCACAUAUGAAGGGGAUAAAGUAAUAGUCUUAACGGCUCCCAAAGUCCCUGUUAAACAUGAUGACCAAGACCUUUGUCCAUCUCCUGAAUCACAGCUCCUGGAUUCUAAACCUGAUUAUUUACUGUCCGAAAAAAAUCUGCAAUGCCCUGCUGCUGCUGAAAGUGCACUACCGAAUGCAGUUACAAAGUCUUUUAAUUUGGUUCUAAGUGGAGAACCUGUUAAAUUGCCAGACGUUUAUGUCACUUGCUCUUCCAAAAUUUCAGAUUCAGACAUUGAAAGUGAACCCAGUUCUUUUGCAUUUCAACCAGUUUCAGGUUUAGCCUCUGAGCCAAUAUUGGACCAAGUUGUGUUCAGUGAAAAGUCUUGCAUGCAGCUGCUGCUUAAACCAGAUUUAAGUUUAAGGAAUGUGAUCGAAGGCCGCUGUACAGAGAGUAUAAGUGCUGUAAGUGAAAUACAAUCAUCUUUGACUUCAAUAAAUUCCUUGCCAUCAGAUGAUGAUGAUGAUGAUAAUGCACAUCCAUUUCAUGAAAGCUCAAAGGUUGCUGCCAUUCUUGCACAGCCAAGAAUCGAUGAACAACCCAUACUCUUAGCAGCUGAAUUAGACCAGCUUAAAUCAAAAAUAAAACACUCCAAUGUCAUAGUUCAAGAACAAAGUGUUGCAUUCUUUGAAUAUUCAGAGCCUAUAAAACCAGUUCCUCAUAUUUCUGAAUUUUCUGAUGAGUUUUGUAACUGUGUAGCUGUUCAAGAAAAUAACAUCAAGAGUCAACAGCAAGAUAUUAGUUCUGCUAAUACUUUUGGAGAGACUCAAGACCUUAUGGAAGAGUUAAAUUUAGCAAAAGCAUCCACAAAACAUAUAAUUAAACUGAACUCUGAAAUUAUUCAUCUUGAUGAGCCAAGCAGUCCUACCUCAGAUGUGACAGAAAUUGGCCAAAGUUUGGAUCCAGAAUUGAACUUAAAAGGGUUUGCAGAUAUAAUUCAGGAAAUGCCAGUUCUCCAGGAGGCAAAUGAUAAAGUGCAGACAAACCUUUCAGCUGCUAGUAGCAUUGACAUUGUGAAACAAGGAUUGGUGGAGAAUUAUUUUGGAUCUAGAAGCAGCACAGAUCUUUCUGAUAUUAGUCCUAGUGGUUGUGACAGCUGCCCCACAAGUCCUCAAAAGGAGACUUUUGGCCCUGUUACUCUUGCACAAGUAGAAGAUGAUGAGGAUCAAGAAAUGAUCGAAAAUGGUUAUUACGAAGCUGACAAUGAUGCUGUGUGUGAUGGAGGUGAUGUAGUCAGAUCUGAGCUAAUUAAUGUUGAUCAUGCCACAGGAGCAAGCUUGCCAGGACCAUGCAUUCCGACUUGUUUAUCAUUUUCCUCAGUUGCCAGAGAUUCCCCAUCUAUCAGUGGUUUGUCUUCUAAAAGUAAACUUGAUGCAAUUACAAAACAACCAAUCAGUGCUGCCUCAGGCUCUGUUGUAUCAGUUUGCUGGUAUGAGGAUGCUGCUUCAAAAGAACAAAUGCACAUAUUCCUCCAGGCCAAAGAGGAGUUGAAACUACUGAAGUUUCCUGGUUUUAUGUACAGUGAUGUUUCUGACCUGGCUUCCAAAACCCCCUACUUCAGCUUGGAGAGCGAUGAAAACUUGGACGACGGCAUUCAUCUAAUAGUUUGCGUUCAUGGAUUGGAUGGGAACAGCGCAGACCUACGGUUGGUAAAAACGUAUAUUGAACUUGGAUUUCCAGGGACCCAAAUGGAGUUCCUUAUGUCAGAGAGAAAUCAGAAUGACACAUUUGCAGACUUUGAUUCCAUGACUGAUCGGCUUUUGGAUGAGAUAAUACAAUAUGUUCAGAUUUACAAUCUUACUGUCUCCAAAAUCAGUUUUAUAGGACACUCUUUAGGUAAUUUGAUCAUUCGAUCAGUACUGACAAGACAGAGAUUUAAAUUUUACUUGAACAAAUUGCACACGUUCCUUUCUUUGUCUGGGCCUCACUUGGGGACCUUGUACAACAGCAGUGCACUUGUCAAUACAGGACUCUGGUUUAUGCAGAAGUGGAAGAAGUCUGGGUCCCUACUGCAACUGACUUGUAGAGAUCAUUCUGAUCCUCGGCAAACUUUCCUAUACAAACUCAGUAAAAAAACUGGUCUCCAAUACUUCAAAAAUGUGGUGUUAGUUGGCUCGCUACAAGAUCGAUAUGUUCCUUAUCAUUCUGCUCGAAUUGAGAUGUGCAAAACUGCUUUAAAGGAUAAACAAUUGGGACCAAUAUACGCUGAAAUGAUCCAAAAUCUUCUUUCACCUGUUUUGGAAAAUAAGGAAUGUAAUUUGGUCCGAUAUGAUGUUAUCCAUGCAUUACCCAACACAGCUAAUUCAUUAAUAGGACGAGCAGCUCACAUUGCUGUUCUUGAUUCAGAAAUCUUUUUAGAAAAAUUCUUCCUGGUUGUGGGCCUUAAAUACUUUCAGUAAGAAUGUGUGCCAUAAACCUUUACCUUUUUAUUCAGAGAAACACAUUUGAUCCUAGAGCAUGGUCUCCGUCUGAAAAGACUGUUUGUACAUUUUGGUAUUAAAAACAAUUUACAUUGUUUUUGGAGUUAGUUAAAAGGUCCGAACAUGUUUUUGCCUGUUGGUUUGUGCUGUGCAAUACCAAUUGUAUAUUUUUAUUGGUCUUGUGUACUUAUUUCAGUUCAGUUUUUUUGUAUUUUUCAGAAAUUUUAUUUUGCCUUUUUAAGUAUCAGUUAAUAGUUGAAAUAACCAGGGUGCACUGUUUAUAUUUUUAUUUUCUAAUUUUUUUAAAGUAAUAUUCAAUUAUUAAGUUAGAGGUAAAACAUUAAUUUAAUUCAUGACUUCCAAAGAAAGCAUUUUCAUAGAAUCUAUUGGGAGCCUGGUGUACGUUACAUUUGAUAACGCGAACUUUGGCAACUGGAAACCCUGUAAAAAGCUGCUAUAUAUUUAUACAUUUUUAACAUCGCUCAACUUAGGAAAUUUACAGAGAUGUUAUUCAUUUCAUGCAGUCUUUCUGCAUGGACCAAAAAUUGCCCUAUUCAUACAUUCAUAAGCUUGUAUAUUUUGUCACUCAAAGUUUAAACCAGUUCACAAAUGUCUGCAAUACAUUUUUAUAAGAAAACAUUAUCCUACAAUGUUUAACCAUACCUGUGGAGCAUUACUACUUUUUCUACUGAUGAAGUGGAAAGACCUUUUUGCUAUGGAACUUUUAGAACUGAAGUAACUAUUUUCAAAUCUUCUAAUAUUCUGUAUGUUGAUUAGAACUUUUCACCGUCAUGCCAGUCUGAUAAUGUUGAUUAGAAAUUAUUUUUACUGCAUGGUGAUAUAAACUCAACACAAUUGCCCAGCAUAUACAAAGGUUUUAAGCCAAUACAUCUGAGAGAGUAGUGAUGAAUAACCUAUAUUUUAGCUUUAUUUUAUUGAACCACCUUUUGGCUUGAUUUCUGAGAUACGUGUUUGUCAAUCUAUUCAUAGAUGACAUUCACUUAAAGUUAUCCCUUGUUAUAAUUGUAUUUGAAAAAAAUGAAAAAUGUGCUACAGUGAGGGAUCAUUUUGUGGUGGUUGAUCUGACGGGAGCUCGAAUCACUGCUUCUGAUAUCAGUGAUUGUGAUAUAUCAGUGAAGCAUGAGCUAAACAGAAGCAGGAGUUACAAUAUUGAAAUGGAUACAGUUAAUUGAUUUAACAAGAUUUUUUUAAUUGUGAUUAUUGGACAUGUUUUACUCUAAUUUCAGAGGGAAACCUUUCUGAUUUAUUUUAAUUAUCCUGAUUAACAGUAGGAUACAUAACAUGGUUUAUGUGUUACUGCCGUAUAUUUGACAAUGCCAAGGGAAAAGGACGUGUGGUGCUGUCAUGUGCUUUUAACAAAUUUAUCGAAUUUAUAUUGAAACACUACAUCCUCGUAAAUAGGGUAUGUCAUCUGUCUGUAGCCUUAUUCAAAAACACCUACAAUGCAUAAGCAACCAUCAUUGUACCAGCAGUAGUUAAAUAUUAAAAAUAUUGUAUAUAAUUGUACUGUGCAAAUUAAAAUAUCUUUCUUUUAUAUUUUACAUUUCCAAAUCUAACAUUGCAUUACUUUGAAAGCCAUAAUUUUUUCCCUGAUUUUCCUGAAGGAGGAAGUUAAGUGACUACACCACAAAUGAUGCCACCUACGAUGCAUAUCAAGACUUUCUGAAGUAAUACAGCCUAUGAUCACUUCAGUGUAAACUAUAAUUGUGAUAUGGGCCCAAGUUCCCGCAAAGGAAAUCGGGCCCAGGGCAGGUGAUAUUUACUGGUAAGACCGGGACUUCUAUCUCUGUAAAGAUGUCAACCUUUCAAACUUUUUAAUCACAAGAGACAUAGACGUUCUUUGGCUUGUGAAGGAUGCCAAGAGAUUGUCACAAAUAUAUUCAGUGAGGAAUUGCGGAGGAAUUUCUUUAGCCAAAAUAUAUUGAAGUGUGGAAAUUAUUCCCAACUGGAAUAAUUGAAGAAAAUGGCACUGUUGCACUUAAAGGCAAGUUAGAAAAUAAAUAAUAGAUAGAUGAUGGAAGAAUAUGAUAUGAUGAGGAAAAAAUGUUGGAAGAAUGCUUGGAGUUUAAAUUCAAGCACAGAUCAGUUGGACUAAUUCUUGUUUUAAUUUUAUUGUAAAUGCUUGGUAAAUGUUACCAGCUUCAGGCAAUAUAGGAAGGUUCUCUUUUGAAUUAGAACAUGGAUUGCUUGAAUAUUGAUAUUUUCUCUAUCUUGGGAUACCCCAAAGUGCUUUAAAAUCAUUGAAGGGCUUUUGAAGUGUAAUCAUAGUUUUAAUGUUGAAAAUCAAUUCAAUCAAUUUUCGCAUAGCAAUAAUAAAUUCCACAGAACAGUGCUAGGCCAAAAUGCUGGAGUAAGUCAGUGGGUCAGGCAACAACUCUGGAGAAAAGGAGUAGGUGACAUUUCAGGUCAGAAUUCUUCUUACAAAAGAAGGGUUCCAACCCGAAACAAGAUCUAUUCCUUUUCUCCAGAGAUGCUGCCUGACCCGCUAAGUGACUCCAGCAUUUUGUGUCUGUCUUCUGUAUAAACCAGCAUCUGGAGUGAUGAUUUGCUUUUGAAAGUUCCAAACUACCUUCCUCCUUCUCUGACAUUUUCUCAGUAUUUGGCGGUACUCCUCGCUGAAGUCCAGCUAUUCAUUUGGAUUUCCAUUACAGAGCAGGCACGGUGCUCAGCACAAUACGUAGCUCAAGUUCACAUUGCAAACUGGAUCCAGGAAUUGGGGUGGCAUCUUGGAUAAAUGCAUGUUGGAGAAUUUUUUUUUUUUUUCACAUUUUUAAUAAUAAAUUUUGAAAAUCAGUCCUAUGUGUAGCAAUUUCCAUGCAAGAUACAUUUGAAUCUUGAGCAAUGCCAGUCCAAGCCUGUAUGUGCUUCUUUGCCUUGAAGAUAAAUAAAAUUCCAACUGAA